CUCAUGCGGACACUGACCGUCACCGACUUGCGCCCCACUUGCUUCUCCUCUUAAAGCAAAGCCCAUGUUCACAGCUGCUCGACGAGUAAACGUCCUCGCCGCUCACCUCUCACGCACAACCCCCAUCGCCGCUCGCACACCUACCACCGGUAGCACUUUCAAAGUGGGCUCCUUCUUCUCCACCCCAGCCGUUACGCCUGCAGCCAUGUCCGCCGCCAAGGAGCUUGUCGACAAGGCUAUCGCCGAGAACCACGUUGUUGUCUUCUCCAAGUCGUACUGCCCUUACUGCCGCCGCUCCAAAGCCACCCUCGCCGACCUGACCGAGGAGAUCAAGGUGUUCGAGCUUGACGAGCGCGACGACGGCUCGGCCAUCCAGGCCUACCUCCGCGAGCUCAACGGCCAGAGCACCGUCCCCCACGUCUACAUCGGCCAGCAGUUCAUCGGCGGCAACUCGGACCUCCAGGCCAUCCCCAAGCCCGAGCUCGAGAAGCGCAUUAAGGCUUAAGUGGAGCUUUGAUAGUCUUUGUUAGAUGUAUCUUUAAUUGCCAUG